GAACUUUGAAGUUUGAUUUGGAGUUUUGAAAUUUGAACUCGUCCUAAUUUUUUGUGAUUUCAAUGUAAUUUAUGAGCGGAAUUGUUGCUAAUCUUUAUAUAAAAGCAAUAAAAUACUUCAGUAAAUGAUCACAAACGCUCAUUGUGCAAUAAUAUCUUGGUUUGCUUAUGAAUAAACUUCAAGAACACUCUUGUUUACUGGGAUUGACGUACACGGGUCAAGAGAGAUUCGAAAAAAAAAUAGGUACUUUUGCACUCUGGUGGACUUGUCUGGUUUUGUUCGCCAGCUCCUCAUUUCAUCAUCCUGAAUAAGACAAUGGCACACUUACCACUGUUUCUCAAAGGAAGAGUUGUAAAAGGGUUUGGAAGAGGCUCAAAAGACCUUGGAUGUCCUACAGCAAACUACCCCCGAGAAGUAGCUCAGUCUCUUCCAAAGGACUUCAAGGCUGGAGUAUACUAUGGCUGGGCGCAGGUUGACGAUGAUGAAGUGCGCAAAAUGGUCGUCAACAUUGGCUGGUGUCCGUUUUAUCAGAAUAAGGAAAUGAGUGUGGAAACCCAUGUAAUACACAAAUUCGACGAUGACUUCUAUGAUUCUAUGCUAAAGAUUUGCAUAGUUGGAUAUUUAAGGCCAGAGAAGAAUUUCUCAUCUCUAGAUGAACUAAUAGAAGCCAUCAAGCAAGAUAUUGAGAAUGCUAGCAAUAACUUAGAGGGAGAAUCGACAAAGCUGAGGGAACACAGUUUUUUUACAGAAUAAUUGUAUGAUUUUCUUUAGUUCAAUUUAUACAAUAAUUUUAUUAUUGUGAAUGUUAUGUUUUACUAUUUUAUUUAUGUUGUGACUGGCCUGUUAAUAUAUGAAUAGUUAAAAUGUGAAGAUUGGCCUUGAAUGAAUUUUAUUGCAAUAAAAUGUAUGAAAUAAAAAUUAGAUUAUCAAUUUGAAUUAUUCCACAUUGUGAUACUUUUAUACACUGUUUU